UAUCAAAAUAAUCUCUCUUCACACUACACAGGCCGCGGAGACAAAAUGGCUCUGCUUCUAACCUCACCACCCUCACUCUCCUUCCCAAGAUCUAAACUCCCUCGCCUCUUCUCAUUUCGAUCCUUAAACCCUUCUCUCUCCUUGUACCAUCACUCUACAAACUCUAAAUUCUCAUCUUUUCGCAUCUACUCUUCUUACUCCCGCGAUGACGGCGAACCAGAUUCGUACUCUGCUCGAACUCCGAUCAAUAAACCGGAGCAAGAAGAAGAUUCCGAUGAAAAAUCCGCCGCUAAAUCUUCCGAAGAUGCUGUAGAGGGCGAUGGAUUGCCAAUUGCUAUUACUGAUGAAUGGGGAGAGAAAGCUGAAGCUGAAGCCGAACCAGAGGCUUCGUACACAAAGUUCUCGGAUGCUGAUCCUCCGAGAAAUUAUGAAGACGAAUGGGAAGAAGAGGGGCCUAAGGAUGAUAUGUUUGGAAAUGGAAGUCUGAGUAGUGAUCCGGUGUAUGAUAAGCUUGGUGACUUGAAAAAGGCUUUGGUUGAUACGGUUUAUGGAACUGAACUUGGGUUUCGAGCAUCAGCUGAAGUUAGGGCUGAGGUGCUGGAGUUGGUGAAUGAGCUAGAAGCUUCGAAUCCGACUUUGGCUCCUGUGGACGCACCGUCUACGCUUGGCGGAAACUGGGUUUUACUGUACACAGCAUUUUCUGAGCUGUUACCUCUUCUAGCAGCUGGGGCAACUCCAUUGUUGAAGGUUAAAAGGAUAUACCAGAAGAUUGACACUCAAAAUCUCACCAUAGACAACUCUGUCACACUCUCCAGCCCUUUUGCCACUUUCUCCUUCAGCGCAGGUGCUACUUUUGAGGUUCGAAGUCCUUCAAGGAUACAGGUCCAAUUCAACGAAGGAACUUUUCAGCCUCCGGAGGUAAAGCCUAGUAUUGAUCUUCCUGGUGAUGUAGAGGUUUUUGGGCAGAAAAUAAAUUUGGCACCUCUACAGCAGUCUCUCAGUCCACUACAAGAAGCUGUGGCAAGUAUUUCAAGUGCAAUCUCAGGCCAGCCACCUCUCAAGGUUCCAAUUCCUGGGGACAGGUCCAGGUCCUGGCUUCUGACUACUUACCUUGAUGAUGAUCUUCGGAUCUCAAGAGGUGAUGGCGGCUUGUUUGUGCUUGCCAAAGAAGGAAGUCCUCUUCUUGAUCAGUUUCAAUGAUACCUCAAGAUCUCUGCCUCUCCGGUCCGGACCAUGGUUUUGAAAAAUGGAUUGGAUUAGUCAGGAUCGCCUGGACCGGAUUGGUAUCAGCCGACAUCAAUCAUCAAUCCAAUCCUCAAUCCUCAAUCCUCAAUCCUCAACAAUCAAAACUGAUCAAUGGUAAGGUAUAAGGGUAAAAUGUUUCAAAAUACUAAUAUUUUGUUUAAUUUAAACGAGGGGUAAAUCCAUCCGAUGAACACAUAUUGGAUUGGUAUUGGCCGAGACAGAUCCCGGGUUUUAAAAUAUUGUUCCAAAAACAGCUCUUUUCCAUCUCUGAAACAGGAAUUUAUACAUGGGUUUGUUAAAAAAUAAAAGAUAAAAAAAAAAUAUUAAUGA